CUGAGCGAUUACGUAAACAGGAGCGCGCUUCAACCGGCUUCACUGCCCGUACUGCCGUUUACAACCCCUUCAAAUCCACACGGAUCACAACGAGAAAACCGAAACACCACAGUCGGCCAGUGCCUUUGACUACUAUGGAUUCCAUCCCUAAGAAAGACACGGAGAGCACGUGCGUGCUCUGCUGCCUUGACAUCGACAUUUUCGCGCUGGGGAAAUGCGAUCACCCGGUGUGUUACCGCUGCUCCACCAAGAUGCGGGUGCUGUGCGACCAGAAGUACUGCGCCGUCUGCCGGGAACAGCUCGACAAGGUGGUCUUUGUAAAGAAACCUGAACCAUUUGCAGAUCUGAACAUUCAUCAAUAUCAGUGUGAGAAGAAAUUUGACAUAUAUUUUGGAGAUGGAAAAACUUAUGCACAGUUCAGGAAGAUUUUGUUACAUGAAUGUCCACAUUGCCCAGAAACAAAAGUGUUUUACAAAUUCGAAGAGUUAGAGCAACAUAUGCGGAAACAACAUGAGCUCUUCUGCUGCAAGUUAUGUGCCAAGUACCUGAAGAUAUUCUCAUAUGAGCGAAAGUGGUAUAACCGAAAAGAGCUGGCUCGUCAUCGAACGCAAGGGGACCCGGAUGAUACGUCGCACCGUGGGCAUCCGCUUUGUAAAUUUUGUGAUGAUCGAUAUCUGGACAACGAUGAACUGCUGAAACAUCUGAGGCGAGAUCACUACUUCUGCCAUUUUUGUGAUGCAGAUGGAGCUCAGGAGUAUUACAGUGACUACCAGUACCUCAGUGAGCACUUCAGAGAGAGCCAUUAUCUCUGUGAGGAGGGCCACUGCAGAACAGAGCAGUUCACUCAUGCUUUCCGCACAGAGAUUGACUAUAAGGCUCACAAAGCUGCCGCACACAGCAAAAACCGGGCAGAGGCACGGCAGAAUCGGCAAAUCGACAUACAGUUCACCUAUGCACCCAGACAGCAACGAAGAAAUGAUGUUCUGCUUGGUGGCGAUGACUAUGAGGAAGUGGAUCGCUUCAACAGACAGGGACGGUCGGGAAGAGGAAGAGCUCCUGGAGGACAGCAGAACGUAAGGAGCUGGAGAUAUAAUCGAGAGGAGGAGGACAGAGAGGUGGCUGCUGCUUUGCGAGCAUCGAUGGCUGGCCGUGUGCAAGAGGAGAGAGGCCACGUCCCAGACAGAAGCAGCCAAAAACCACGCAAAGAAGAAAAGAUUGAACCAGAUGAGAUGAGAAACAACAGAGCUACAGUGAAGCCACCGAACGAAAUCCAAGCUCGAACAAUGAAGAGUAAUGCCUCUUCGGCUGGUGAGGACUUCCCAGUUUUAGGGGCAGCUGUGCCUCCAGCUCCCAUUCCAAGCAAGGUCAAGCAAACUCCUGUCUCUCUGAAGGAAGAUGAUUUUCCAAGCCUGUCUGGCUCUGUAGUUUCCAGUCCAAUGACACGUGCUUACACAAAUCAACCCAAGAAAAAUUCAUCCUUUCAAGAGGAGGACUUCCCAGCACUGGUCGCCAAGAUCAAGCCACUUAAGCCCCAGGCGAAUGCAAAAUCUGCAUGGUCUCAAGCAGGAAGUAAACCUGUGGUGGUUCCCAAUAAACCUGUGGUUCUGCCAACCAAAACAACCCCUGUAGUCUCUUCAUCCAUACUGUCUGCCAGUGACCCGCCUCCCAGUGGUAGCGUGCCUCAGCCUCUCACUGCCGUCUCGUCUCGAAGCAAAAAUAAGCUCGCCCCAGCAAAAACCAACAAAGCUCCACCUAAAGUCAAAUGUCCAUCUUCGUCCGAUGAUGAAGACUCACAAAACAGUAAAACUUCCCAGGAGAUCCGUGCGGUACCCACCAUGCUUGACAUCUCCACUUUGCUAAUGGUGAAAGGUGGCUCAUCUCAGCCAAAUCUCAAAACCAGUAAGAAUAAGCAGGCAACAACAUCAUCUUCUGCAACUCCCUCGCAUACUGCAGAGUUUGUGUCGAAAAUAGCUCACAAAGAGAAUGUUCCUGAGGCAAAACCUCCAGAUACCGGCCUCACCAAAGGUCCUUCAGCCCCCAAAAUGAACUGGUUUAUCAAUGGACUUACAGAGAAGCCAACAGAAGCACUAUCAUGUACAACAUUUCCUGAAAAUAUUCCUUCCCCAUUAAAGCAGCCUGAAAAUGAAAAAGUCAGUCCAUCCAAGGAAGAGGAUUUCCCUGCUCUUAUCUCAAAAAAACCUCCACCUGGUUUUAAAAGUGCAUUUCCCUUGAAGAGCACUCCAAGUGUGCCACAUUCUCCUCCUCCUCCUCCUGGACUUGGGCCUGUGGUUAGCAAGCCUCCUCCAGGAUUCACUGGCAUCCCGCUCAACAGUAAUGUAGUGGAACCAGCAAUGUCUGCUGUUAACAGACCCACACCUGCAGUUGGAUCCUACCUCAUACCUGAAAAUUUCCAGCAGAGAAACAUGGACCUUAUUCAGUCGAUUAAGAAUUUCCUUCAAAAUGAUGAAACCAAGUUUAAUGAAUUCAAACACUAUUCAGGCCAAUUUAGACAGGGUUUAAUUCCUGCUACCCAGUACUACAAAAGCUGCCAGGAACUGCUGGGAGAGAAUUUCAACAGGGUCUUCAACGAGCUGCUGGUUCUCCUACCAGACACUCGCAAGCAGCAGGAGCUUCUCACUGCUCAUGGGGACUUUAAGGCCCUUGAGAAACAGCAGCAAGGCUCAAAGCCCAAGAAGAACAAAAAGAAAGCCUGGCAGACAGGCACCACCAACAACAGCCUGGAGCUGGACUGCCAAGUGUGUCCCACCUGUAAACAGGUGCUGGCUCUGAAAGACUUCAACACCCAUAAGACCCUGCACAUCGGAGACGAUGACUUCCCCUCUCUCCAGGCCAUAAGCAAAAUCAUCAGUUAGCUGUCAGUGAACGCACCUCUACAGCUCAGCCACAGCAGUCUGCGACACAGGGACUGGUACUUCACCAGAUGCUCGAAAAGAUGAGGGGUGAUCUAAAGUGCACAUGUGAUGUGUACUUGCAUUGUUUAGAUGAAAGUUUGGAAGUGCAGCAUUUUGAAGAGGAACAAAGUGCAAGUGAGACUGUAACCGUUUUGAAGGGAGCCGAGUUAAAUCUACUUGAAAGGUUGAGUUAGAACUUGAAUUUCUUUAAAAUACCCCUUUUUCAUCAGGUUUUUCCAAUGCUGUUAGCAUGGUCAUUUGUUUUUUUAAAUGCUGUCUGGUUGACUGCCUUUGAAAAAUAACGUAUUUAUUUCAAAACGCUCCUGUCUGUUGGCUGAAAAAUAUUCCUCAUUUAUGUUUACAAGCUAUACAGCACAUAAAAAUAAAAAUGGUUAAUAUAUAGAAUUUCUAGAGUAAGGUACAGUGAUCAAUAUACAUUUAAAUGCAGAAAUGCAUUUUUGAAGAACACUGAAUAUUUGUGUUGAAUUGCUUUGCAAUUAAAUGAUCAAGCCAGGGAACAAAAUGCACCACUCUACUUGUACAGUAUAUGAUUGUCUGACAUGAAACCUCAACACUUGUUUAGGUGUGACUGACACAUUUCACAGUCAUACAGUUGAAUCAGUGCAAGAAAGAUCACUCAUCAGGAAAUUGCCUUCAAAUAUACAAAAAUGUCAGAGGCUUUUUGCUUUUAAACAUCUCUGCAUUGCGCUUGUGCCUCUUUUAAAUUGGGUUUCACACUGCCAUAGUCCACACCCCUGUAGUAAGGAAACCUGCAGAAAAAAAUGCUUCCUAGUUAAAUAUUUUAAACAUCUAAACGUUUUUAAAUUUGCAAUCUGUCUACUUUAAAACAAACAGCUGCUCCUUAUAUGCAGUACUCAAAACUCUUCACUACAGAGACUUAAUGUCUUACUUGAACAAGGUUUCAAAUAAUACUUUGGAAAAUAUUUACACUAUUUUCUGUUCUUAAUUUGAAACCAUAGAUCAUCAUAACUUAAGCAUUUGAAGAGGUUAAAGGGAUAGUUCACCAAAAAAUGAAAAUUCUCUCAUCAUUUACUCACCCUCAAGCCGUCCCAGAUGUGAAUGAAUGACUUUUUUCUGCUGAACACAAAUGAAGAUUUUUAGAAGAAUAUUUCAGCUCUGUAGGUCCUCACAAUGCAAGAGAAUGGUGACCUGACCUUUGAAGGUACAAAAAGCAGAUAAAGUUAGCAUGAAAGUAAUCCAUACUCCAGUGGUUUAAUCCAUGUCUUCUGAAGUGACCCAGUUGGUUUUGGGUGAGAACAGACCAAAAUAUAACUCCUUUUCAUUGUACAUCUUGACAGUCUCCUUGGCGAUCAUGAUUUAAAACUGUAGUGAAGUGUAAUCGAGCUUGAAAUCAUGAUCGUGCAUGGCGUCUGCAAUGGCAAGGUGUACAGAUAUUUUUCUUAAAAAAAAAAAAGCUUUUGUGUUCAGCAGAAGAAAGAAAGUUAUACACAUCUGGGAUGGCAUGAGGGUGAGUAUAUGAUGAGAUCAUUUUUCAUUUUUGGGUGAACUAUCCCUUUAAAUUGGGCCAGAACGGUCAGAUCUAGGGGUUCCCCCACCUCCAAAAUUUAACAACCUGAGUGUUUUAAACAGUUUUUUAAAGUUUAAAAUAUUACAGGGUGUGGCUUCUACAUCACACAGACUUUUCUAUAAUUGAGUGUUUUCAAGUCACACAUUACAGAGUGAUCGACUCAUGAAAAAAAAAAAAUAUUUAUUUUCAUGAUGUCUGACAACUGCAGUCUGAAGACAUUCCAUUGGACAAGAACAAGUCUUUUGAGUACAACUUUCACAAGAUGGGUUAUAUUGCCUGAAGUUACAGUAUGUAAUAUGUUUAAAAAGAAUCAUGGACAAGAUCUCGAAAGCAUUUUACUGGUGCAAAUUUUGCAUUUGGGGUACAAAUACAAAAACUAAAUAAGGUCUUGUGUUUUUAGUUUCUGAUCUUCAGGAUCUUUUUACCUGUUAUCUGUCAUACUUUUUAGAGUUGCAAAUUUUGAACCAGCUUAACAUGCCUCAGUAAAUGUCUCUCAGGAGUGCAGUGUUAAGUACAGGAAACACUAGACCCUGACCACUUUCACAAACAUACUCCAUUUACAUGUAUUGAAGUACAAUCACUAUAAUUUUGUGUAUGUUGCCCUAUCUCUGAACACAGAAACAUUACCAGAAUUCUACCACAUAUCAGACAAAGCACUGACGUUGGUCACCAAACAUUUUUUUUUUUUUUUUUUUUUUUAAUAA